GUCAUAUAGCUCUAUGGUUUCUCUUUCCUUCAACAAACAAGCAUUCCACCCAUUUUCAUUGAAUUUGAUAUCGUUUGCUAAUAAUAUUUCAGAGAAAUGUCUUCUAAAAGUGAAAAAGAUCGAGCCAAACAGAUCCAGGACAGAUGUCAGAACAUAUUGAUGCAGAUGUUGAAGGAUGAAGACAAUAAAUAUUGUGUUGACUGCGAUGCUAAAGGUCCUCGCUGGGCGUCAUGGAACCUGGGCAUAUUCCUGUGCAUCCGCUGCGCCGGCAUCCACCGGAACCUCGGCGUGCACAUUUCCAAGGUGAAGAGCGUCAACCUCGACUCCUGGACGCCUGAACAAGUCGUAUCUCUCCAACAAAUGGGCAACUCCCGAGCGCGCGCGGUCUACGAGGCGAACCUACCGGACUCGUUCCGGCGGCCGCAGAACGACUCCUCGCUGGAAGCCUUCAUCCGCGCCAAGUACGAGCAGAAGAAGUACAUCGCCAAGGAGUGGGUGCCGCCAGCACUGCCCAAGGUUAACUGGGAUAAAGAGAUCGACGAAGAAAUAGAGAGACAAAAACGGAAAAAGAAAUCCACCAGCUCAGGGUUAGGACCACUACCAGCGCCCACCACCAGUGAUAAGAAAUACAAUAAAUCUGACGUCAUUCCAAGUCUGCCAAAGCCAAAAUCAUCAGUGAGCCCGAAGUUAGGGCGGUCUACGCCGCCCACAGCUCAGGCCGACCUCGGCAAGACCAACGGGUCUGCAGACCUCCUUGGUCUAGACACGAGCACGAAGCCAGAACCGAAACCGGCCAACGACGACAUUUUCUCCAGCUUCUUCUCAGCCCCACAAGAAAAACCAGCCGAACCCAAACCAGAAGACUUGAAACCAGACCUCAAGGCCGAGGAAGAAAACUUCUUCAAACAAGCCGCGCCCACGGAGAAGGAAAAGUCAAAGUUAACAAAGGACAGUAUAUUAGCCUUAUACAGUCAGACUCCCUCGACUAAUCUAGUGAAUCAAUUCAACCCGCAACCCGUACAACCCGUGCAACCCGCGUAUCCCUUCGGCAACGUCUACCAACAGAACUUCAACAGCAUGCCGGUGCAAAACGGCAUGCAGUUCAACCAGUUCCCGAUCAACAACCAAUUUCAGCAACAACCGUUCGGGGGCAGGUACAGCAACCGUUGCAGAGUCAACCUCCAGAGCAAUCAGUUUUUCAACCAGCCGCAGCAGCCGUUGGCGCAACAGUUUAACAGUCUGAACUUAGGGCAAAGUUUUCCGAACGCGUUCGCGCAACCAAACACGAAUGUCGGUAACACAAGUGCAACAUGGCAGUAAACAGUUUGGUUGUAUUAGAUUGUUUUUAUUUACCGCAGAUGUAUUUAUAUACAAGCCUAUUUGUUUACGUAGUGGCGUGUUACAUUCCAAUAUAAAGACUUCUUUGAUGUUUCAAACCUUGUUAUGAAGUUGCCAUAGACAACUGUGUUGCCAUAUUACAUACAAAUAUUUGUAGUUACCUCAGAACUUUGUCAACAAGGAUUUAAAUUUUUGCUGAAUGAAUGAUUAAAAGUGAGAAAAGUAUCAUUCGGUUGUAUUACAUUGCUGUUUAUGUUCGAUCUCUUAUGAUACAGAAGCAAUAUAAGCACGCAAUGUAGCGCAAAUCGCUCGAUAUUUGUCUCACCGUUUAAAUAAACUUUUACAGUGACUAAUAAGGCAAAUAUCCUCAUUACAUAGUAUUAAUACUGUCAAAUAACAUACCCUACCUCUUUGAUAUAGUAACGUGCUACGUCGUAACUAGCUACGUGUUACAAUCCACGCAGUGCUACGUAACGAGCUACGCGAUAAACUUGGUGUAAGUAUACACAAGUGCUACGAGUAACGCGCUACGUAACAAAUUCGCUGAAUACAUCUGUCCGGUUUGGGACGCGUGUAGAUAUGCAGUUAGCAUGAGCGAUGGCUCGAUCGGCUUUAUAAGCAGUUUGUUCCUAUGUAAUAAUGCUCAUACCUUUCGGUUUCUAUGAGGCUUGGGACUUCAGAACUUGUGGCGAACACGGUAAAGUACUUAUUUAUUUAGCAUUCAAAUUGAUCAGACCCUUCUUAUGUCAAAACAAUUAAGACUAUUUUCGUAUGUCUUUGCUCAGGGCGACCUACUUUUCUUUAAAGCGUAUUGGUUGCCGGGUACUCUUAGUACUAAAUCUGAUGUUCUGGUUACAAGACCAAUGUAAUAUUUGGUAAAUCACUCUGAUUAUCUAAAACUACAAUUAUACACUCUAUUUAGUGUAUAAUCAUUAAGAAAUUGUGAAAUAUCAAAAUUAGGCAAUGUUUAAACGGCAUUAUACUUAAAAUACCCUUUCUCAAAAUUCAAUCUUCAAGUAUAUGUGAUCGAUAUACUUAAAAGCGUUCACUCAGUCGUUUAGUUCACUCGUUCUGAAGUUCAAUCGGUAAUUUCGUACAUUUUCUAAUUAUUAUAUUGGUGUAAAAAUGUAUUUUCUAUAUUUUAUGUGUGGUCGACAUUCAAUUUAGUAUUAAUACCGCACAAGAUGCUAUUUCAGAAUCAUUUUAUAUAUCAUAAUUUAUUUUUACAUUAACUUUCUAGAUUGCGAUUUCUAGAACAUUACGAUAUUUGUAAAUUAUACUCUAUAACAUUGUCAUAGAGUGCAAAAAGCAAAAACAUUUCUACAUCAAUAUAAUAUUUCUGAUUUUUGUAUGAAGACCUGUAAUUUAGGUUAUUUAGGCGUUGUAGUUUAAUAAUAGUUAUUACGAGGCAUUAUACAGCCCUCCACCGAAUGGAAAAACGGCACAAUGUAACCUAAAUAUACUAAUGUUUUUCUUUAAGUAUUAUAGAGAAUAGACAAUUAUUAACAUAAUAAAAUAAACAAACAAUAACGCCGGAAUAACUUAAAUUAUAUACAACCUCAUUCUAUAUUCAAUCUGUGCAAUUAAAUAUGAUAUUUUAAUCCUUUACUAUCAAUGAAUUAUUUUUAUUUAUAUUGUGUAAAAAAAAAACAUUUACACUUUGAUUAUUAAUUUAGCACUUUUUUGUAACAAUUUUAAAUGUUUUAUGCACAGAUUAUAAUUUGUGACUGUCUAACGAUCUUAAUUCGCGGUAAUUUUAAGUAGAUUUUUAUUUUUAUUUUUGCGAAAUGUGGAUGUUCCGAAAUCGUUGUACACUUCAAAGAAAAAUAUAUAAAAAAUAGAUCAGUAUUUAUUUUUGCAUUAUUCGAAGAGGGAUAUUUAUAGUAAAAUAUAUAAAGUACAUAAUAACAAUAUUAUGGUUUAUAAUUAUAUUUAUUAAAUGUGUAUUUAGAAUGAUUUCGGAAUGUCUGUGACUCGAAAAUUGGUGCGUGUCCAUCAUAUAAUUUUUUUAUUUAAAUAAACAUUAAAAUGUUAAUAAAAUCUGAUAACCGUUUUCUCUAAAUUCUAAAAUUUCUAUAUUAAAAACUAUUUACAACUUAGAAAUUCCCAUCUCAUGCUUUUUAGUAAAAUUUUGGUGUUGCUAAGGUUUACAAGUAUUAGAAAUGUUUUAAUUUAAAUUGAAUUAUUUUUUUAAUUAUUUAAUAAAUUUCAUGGUAACAUCGUUUAUUGUUUUGGUCGUAAAAGACUGAUAUUACGUGUCUCGUUAUUUUAGAUCAGGGUCAUAUCAUUGCGUGAACAUCAGUAAUAAUUUGUCAAUUUAAUAACUUUUUGAUGAAGCUUUUAACGUGAAUCGAUUUAGCGAGAGGUAACAUUAACCAAUUCGUUUCUUUUUAAUUGAUCUGAAAAUGUCUUUAUAACACCGGACGUUAAAAAAGCGUCUGCAAAUGCUGCCUAAUUCUUCAAGGUGUUAAGGUGCCAUACAAAAGAGGUGCUGACACAUAAAAAAAGGGAGAAAGGUACAUUGUGCUAAUAACACACGCGAAAAUGUCGAGCGAGGUGUGUCCUGAAUAAAAGUUCGCAAAUAAUGAUGAAUGCUUUCAAACCUACAAAAUAUUAAAUUUAACAUAGGUACAGCAGCAGUUAAGUUCAGAGGAAUAAAAUAAUCUCGCUAUAUCUAUCCGCGCCAUUGAAGACCCGGUCCAUUACAAAAGUACGAAACGCCAUUUUUAUUUUCCCACGAACAUUCCUGUCAAAAUGCGCGCCAAAAAUUGAAAUGGUGCCAAAAGUCAAGUUUAAAAUACGUGUCGCGUACUUUAGUGAUGGAUAUGAAUACAAGAAGAAUAUUCUCCUGCGUAAAUAACGCAUAUGCGAUCAAAGGAAGAUUGAACAAAAAAAAUGCUUAGAAAUGGUAUAAAAUCGAUUUAUAUACUCAUUCCAGAGAUUGAAUGCGUUCGUAGCAAGUUAAGUAGACUUGUUUGAAUUGUUUCCUUGACAUCAAUCUUAUUAAAAGUUCUGAAGUUAUCGAGAAUGUGUAAUGGAUUAAUUUUUGUUGCUGAUGAUUAAAAAAUGUUGCUACUCAUCCCCAUAACAAGAAUACUACUAGCAAUUUACUGAAACUUCAAACCUGUGAUCUCAAUCUUUCGAAUAUUGUGUAAAAUCGAUUUUAUUGAGAGUGACAAUAGCCAAAUUUAUUAAUGCUGAUAUGUUCGCCCUUAACGUAAGGUAGCAAAAUUAUAUUUUAUCCAAUGUAUUAAAACGUCGUGACAAUAUAGACACAACACCUACAGAGGUGUCACUGCAUAAAACCUUGGUUGACAAAAUGUAGGAAGGAAAUUAAAUUGAUUGUAUGCAGUGGUAUUUCUGUUCUUGUAAUUAAUGUGUGUUCGUAAAUUAAUGACCGUUUAGUACUAAUAGCCUGUAUUAUUUUGAUCGUCAUCCAAAAUCCACUUUUGAUGUAUUUAGUUGAAAUAUAAAAUGUGAUUCUUUAUUAAGUGAAUAAUAUGUAAUAUAAUAAACUAACGGGCCAUAAGUCAUAUUGGCUGAAUGUAGCCCUGAUUGAGCCUGUAUUUCGUUUACAUAAAUAAAUAUAAUGCCAAUAG